GCAGGAUACUUGUCUGUGCCUUGGAUUGGUUGUCAGAAUUGUCAAUCACCUGAGGCCCCGCCUCCUCAGUCCUGCUGUAUAUGAGUGUAUGACUGCCAUCCCCGCACACAUUGUCCCAUCCUGCCCCGCGGAGGUUGCAGAGACCAGAGCUGGGAGAUAACAAGCCGGCCAUUAUCUGAUUAUCUGAUCAGCUGAGAUCCGCACUGCUGGUAUGGGGACUGCUAAUAGAGAGAUCUGGGGGGGGGGGCUCUGCUAAUAGGGAGAUCUGGGGGCUCUGCUAAUAGAGAUCUGGGGCUCUCUAAUAGGGGAGUCUGAGGCUCUGCUAAUAGAGAUCUGGGGGGCUCUGCUAAUAGAGAUCUGGGGGCUCUGCUAAUAGAGGGAUCUGGGGGUGCUCUGCUAGUAGAGAUAUCCUAGGGGCUCUGGUAGAGAGAUUUGACUCUGUAGGGAGAUCUGGGGUGCUCUACUAGUAGAGUCUCAGGGGCUCUGCUAGUAGAGAUUUGGGGGAGCUCUGCUAAUAGGAGAUCUGGGGGUGCUCUUCCACUAGAGAUCCCGGGGGCUCUGCCACUAGAGAUCUGGGGGGGCUAUGCCAAUAGAGAGAUGGGGGGCUAUGCUAAUAGAGAGAUCUGGGGGGCUCUGCUAAUAGAGAGAUCUGGGGUGCUCUGUAGUAGAGAUAUCUGGGGCUCUGCUAAUAGAGAGAUCUAGGGGGCUCUGCUAGUAGAGAUUUGGGGGCUCUGCUAAUAGGGAGAUCUGGGGUGCUCUGCUAGUAGAGAGUCUGGGGGCUCUGCUAGUAGAGAUUUGGGGGCUCUGCUACUGAGAUCUGGGGGUUCGCCACUAGAGAUCUGGGGCUCCUGCCACUAGAGAGAUCUGGAGGGGGGGGCUAGUAGAGAGAUCUGGGGGUUCUGCUAAUACAGUGCUUUGAGAGAUGAGUAUGGGGAAACUGCUAAUACAGAGAUCUGUGGGCCCUGAUAAUGGCCAAAAAGUUGGUAAUACAGAGAUCUGAGGGCCUUGAUAAUGGGGAAAGCUGUUUAUACAGAGAUCUGAGAGUCAUGAUAAUGGCACAAAGCUGCUAAUACAGAGAUCUGAGUGCUCUGAUAAUGGUGACAGACCUGCUUAUACAGAGAUCUUAAAGCCCUGAUAAUAGAUAGGACUAAAGGAUAGAACAAGUUGAUUAUUAUAAGGGAGGUCUGCCAAUACUGAGAUAUUGGUACAUUAAUAUUGGGUAGGACUUAUAAAGAUCACAUUAUACAGGAGCUCUGCUAACAGAGAUAUCUGGGUAUUUGGUAAAGAUUAGGGGUAUAUGCACAGCGCUACAGAAUUUGCUGGCACUAUAUAAAUAAUAAUAUGCAAACACAAACAUUUGGGGAAUCAAAAUAUUUGGAGGGGGUUUGCAAUAUACUGAGAUCUGGGGGGGUCAGUUAAUGGGGUAUAUAAACGAGCACAACAUUGAUACUCUGAUAUUAAGGGGAGAUCUGCUGAAUCCAGGGAUUUUGGGGCUCAGGUAAAAAAGGGAGAUCUACUAAAUGAAGGGAUUUUCGAGCUGUGGCAGUAAGGGGAGACCUGCAGGGAUGUCUGUCUGGAUCUAUGCCUCUUUGUACCACGAUAUCUGGAAUGUCGUUUCAUUGUUUGUAGAUGUUACCACCUUGUCUAAUGGUAACCAGUCUUUCUUGAUCUGUUUUCGUAUUUUGUUUUGUCUUUGAACAUUAACAUGACCUUCCCCACUAUGAAUCUUGUGAUAGGUCUGAAGAACAAAUCUCCUUUCAGUUGGUCUUUUUGUCCAGUGACUGGUUUAAUGAUCUUUCUAAAAUGUUAUUCUGCUUUUCUCCAGUCCAUGAUGAUGAUGUUGUUGCAGGUAGUGUUAUUUCAAUACGUACCACCUUUUACAGUACAGUCGCUCAGUCGAACCAUGUAGAUUGCCUCAUACUGUCUCUGUUUACAUUUAUGCCAAUGGUCUUGUUACUGAGCUGCUUGCUGCAGGGGAUAGUCAUAUGGUUGAUACGGGAGCAGAGUUUCCUCAGUGUUGCUGCUUGUUGUUGUUUUUUUGUUUUUUUUAUAUACAGCGCUAUAGAACAUGUUGGUGCUUCACAAAUUAAAUAUUUUUUUCCAGUUGAGUUAAGUAAAACCCUCCCUAGAUCAUCUCCUCCUCUUGUUUUUGCACACCUUAAUUUUAUUUAUUUUGUUUACCUAAUGUUCAGCACUGUGGAAUGUGUUGUUGUUGUUGUUGUUGUUGUUGUUGUAGAAAUAAUACCACAAAGGAUAGGUUGAGAUUUUCUCUUAUUCUCACGGAUGCCAUGGGUUAUAUUGCCAUAUUAAGUGAUACUCUUUUUAUUGAGACUCUGACCUGCAGUGCUGAUGGUUCUACAGUUGGCGCAUGAACCGGAUGAGCUACCUUACUGGCUCUGAUUUUGACCACAACAUAAACUAGUACUGUUAAAACCUUUUGUCUGCCUGUAAGCAAUGGUUGUAGAGUUAUUCCUUUAUCCCCACUGUUUAUACUGAGUCUGGAGAAUGGUAUUCGUUUAAUAUGUUUGUGCUUGCAGGUUAGGCACACACUUGCGAUAUUAUAAGAUUAUUUUUAUUAUCCUAUAAAAGACUGAGUAAAAGCUUAUAGUCAGCCCCAGGAUACAUGGGGCAGAUAUCUAAAAGUGGAUACAUUUUAAGGAAUAUUCUGUUGGUUUCUUUGUAAUUUCACCACUUUUAGAACUUUUACAUCCAUACUGUUUUCAUUACUUAUGGUCUAUGCUACAUGAGCCGGAUACAUUUAGUUAUUUAUAGACAAUUGAGGACUGAACUUUAAAGACAAUAGUUUUAAUAAUUUUUUUUUUUUUUAUAUAUGGAAAACUAGGCUUGAGAUCUUGUCUUUGACUUUGUCAAUUAGAAAGCUGAGCUGUUAGUUUCUGACUAAAAAGUGUUAAUUAUUGGUGGAUUUGUGACAUUUUGUACAGCGCUACAGCAUUUGCUGGUGCUUUAUAAAUAAUCAAAUAAUUAGUGUAUAAGUUGUUUUCUAACUAAAAGUGUGUGUGUGUGUGUGUGUGUGUGUGUGUACACGUAUGUGUAUCCAGCACUCAUGCUCCCAGUCCUGUCCUUGCCUAGGUGCAAAUCACUUAUGCCAAAAUAUCAAGAAGGUGCACUCAAAGGACAUUGUAAAUAAAUCUUGGAGUUUUAUUGUGCAAUUAUACACCAGGAAACUUGUCUACAUUUCAGUCCUUUAUGGGACUUUUCUCAAGACACGUUUCAAUGCCAAAAACAGAAUUUAAAUAGGUGAAAUAAGCAUAAGUGAAGAGUGAUUGUGAUACAAAACAGUGUGUUACAAAACAGAGUGUGUUACAUAUUUAACGAUGUAAACAAAUUCCUCCCAUUCUUCAAAACCAGACAGCAAUACUUGCAAUAAUAAUCACAUGCGAUCCUGAAUAUACAAUCUAGUGUUAUACAAAAGUGAAAAAAAAUCACAUACGGUGAACUAGCAGGUACCCCAGUGCUUACAAAGAAGGGCAUAAGAAUCCUGUAACUAAAUAUUCAGAGAAGGGCAAUCAUUGUCUUUUCCUGAAUAUUUAGUUACAGGGUUCUUAUGCACUUCUUUGUAAGCACUGGGGUGGAUAAUAUAUAUAUAUAGUGUGUCUCUAUUUCCUAGGGGCAGCCGUCCUCUGUAGAAAUAAAUAUAUCUUACUGGGUCAAAAUAAGUAACUAUAUUAUAAGCCGUACAAUAAGGGAAAGGAUGAGAGAGGAAAAGAAAAGGAAAAACGUGAAUGAGGAUUUGUACUCUAAACACAGUAUUAUCAAUAAAGGCAAGAUCGUAUGUGUGUAAUAAUGGCUAUAAUUCAUUAUAGGAAAUAUUAAAUACAAGUCAAAAGUAGGAAAUAUCUUGUCCGGAUGAGAGAUCCUUGGGGCAAUCUGCUUAUCACAUAUAAAAGAGACUCACAAAUAGAAAAAGGGAGGGAGAUAAAAAGCAGUGUACAAAUUGUGAUAAAACAGACUAUACAAUUAAUAAAAUCAGCAAAGUAUAACUCUCUCUCUCUCCCUCUUUCUCACUUUCUUCUGUUUCAGUACUUUGGUAACAUGGCCUGUAUUUUGAUUCUUUUCUUACUUGACUCCAUCUCUCAGUGGUGGUGUUUCUUUGUGCUGCUAGUUAGUCAAUUUUAUAAAGUAACAUUGUUUCACACGCCAGCUGUAGAUCUUUGUGGUAAUUCCCUUCUGUAGGGGAAGUUCAUUUAACUAGCAAUCUGCUGCCACCUGGGAUUUGUACGGAACCUACCUCUCCAUGACUCACUGGCCACGUACUAUAUGAUGGUUAAAAAAUAAACUUCUAUGUCGCGUUCAAUAUCAUUCAUACAUCCUCUUUGAUAUAUUCAUUAUUUUAUUGUUGGAAAACAUUUGAGGUUUACAUCAGGGCUCGACAAAUCCCAGGCGUGUGUGCCACUGUCAGAGUGUGUGUGUGUGUGCCACUGUCAGAGUGUGUGUGUGUGCCACUGUCAGAGUGUGUGUGUGUGCCACUGUCAGAGAGUGUGUGUGUGCCACUGUCAGAGAGUGUGUGUGCCACUAUCAGAGAGUGUGUGUGUGUGCCACUGUCAGAGAGUGUGUGUGUGUGCCACUGUCAGAGUGUGUGUGUGUGCCACUGUCAGAGAGUGUGUGUGUGCCACUGUCAGAGAGUGUGUGUGUGCCACUGUCAGAGAGUGUGUGUGUGUGUGUGUGCCCCUGUCAGAGAGUGCGUGUGUGUGUGCCCCUGUUAGAGAGUGCGUGUGUGUGCCCCUGUCAGAGAGUGUGCGUGUGUGUGUGCCCCUGUCAGAGAGUGUGCGUGUGUGUGUGCCCCUGUCAGAGAGUGUGCGUGUGUGUGUUUGUGCCCCUGUCAGAGUGUGUGUGUGGGUGCGCGCCCCUGUCAGAGAGAGAGAGAGUGUGUGUGUGUGCGCGCGCAUGCGCACACCCCUUUCAGAAAGUGUGUGUGUCUAAACGUAGGUGCUGGACACAGUGUUUACAUUGAAAGGUCUGCAGGUACAGAUUAUAGACACUAGAAUAACUACAUUAAGCUGUAGUGGUUCUGGUGUAUAUAGUGUCCCUUAAGAAUUGCAUUUUUCUUGUUGAAAGCUAAACUUCAAAUAAUUUUUUUUUUUUUUUAAACUGACUCAACUUUUUUAGCCCCUAGAUUCCAAACAAAUUUGUCAAUCCCUGGUUUACGUAAACACUCACCAGUUCCCAUAACUUUGUAUUUUAAUUUAGGUUUUUAACUUCUUCAUGAUAAGAUACACUCUCACUUGUAUUUGUUUUGGUUUUUUUUGUUCUCUCCCCCCCCACCCCCAUGCCCCCCCUUUGAUCUAUGUGACAUUUUGAUGGGGUUUUUCCACAGUUUUGUUCUGUGAGUAAGGAAGAGGCUACAUUAAAUAAAUAAAAUAUAACAAGUGAAUGAAUUCCCAGUGGUCCAGUACACCAUGUACCCACCUGUGGUUUUGUUUCAUUGUAGAUUGUACAGUUUUUAUCUGUUUCUUUGCACCCGGUGCUUAGACUUUCAAGGAGAGACUGCUGGCCAGCUGACUGACUUUAGAAUAAGCUGUGUCAUGCAUUUUAAAAGGUGGUUCUUCAGCAUUUUCCUUGUGGUGGUUAAUGGUUUGUGUUCUGCUAAACAUUGAGCACAUCAGCUGAUACUCCUGUUGCUUUAAAGACACACACACACACACACACACACACUUACUACUCUAUUUAAUGUUAAGUACAAACUAAACUUUAUUAUGAAAUAGCUUUAGAUCUAUGUAUAUAUGAGGUUCUCUCUUCAAAAUAUGUUUUGUAUUUUUGGCUCCCCCUCCCACCAAUUUAAUUCACAUCUCGAGGAUAGCCAUUAUGUCCAGCUAUAUGAUCAUCAAAGAAGUCUGCGCUUAAUAACGCAUUUUGUCAUUAGGAGCUUUGUCCUAUAGUCUCCCACCCCCCAUGGCAGUAAAUAUCUAAAACCUUUUGUGCCAAAUGUCUAAAACUGUUCAAGUAGAGAAUUUAUUUUCCCAGUUGCUGACCUUUAACCUUAAGGCUUAGGAUUGAUGUGCUAGUAGCCAAAAGAUAGUUCUCUAUCUGUUCUACAGUAAGCUCCUGUGAUGCUUUGAGGGUAAGGUUUGCAAGAGCUUGGAGUGUCAUAUUAUGUAAAGAUGCAUUAGAGCUGACUGAUUGCACAUUUGUUAAAGAUUUUUGUGCAACCAAGGAUGCUUUAAUAAUUCAGAGAGGUAAACUAUAGACAUUCUACAGUUUCUGAUAAUCCUGGUGAAUGGGCUACCCUCUUUCACGGUUAAACUGGUGACGGCGCUACCAUCUUUCACAAACAAAAUGGUGUCAGGCCACCCUCAUUCACAAAUAAAUUGUCGACUAGGCCACCCUAGCAUCAAUUAAAUUUGUACUUUAGACCACUUGCUUAAAGGAGCACUAUAGAGUCAGGAACACAAACAUGUAUUCCUUACCCUAUUGGGUUAAAACCACCAUCUAGCCACCCUGGUCCCCUCAUGCCUCCCUAAAAAUUGUAAAAUCUUACUUGUAUUCAAGUCUGCAGCUGCAUGCUUUGUCCCUGUUUCCUUUAGACAUGCCCAGUGCCUGCUGACAUCAGCAGAAGUAGUGGCCGGAUCCAAUCACAAUGCGUCCCCGUAUGAUUGGCUGAGACUGACAAAGAGGCAGAUCAGGGGCAGAACCAGCACAAUUCAAACACAGCCCAGGUCAAUCAGCAUCUCCUCAGUUCAGUGUCUGCAUGCAAAGGGUGGAGACACUGAAUGUUUGGAUGCAUUUUAGGCAGUCAUGACCCAGGAAGGAUCUCUAACAGAUAUCUAAGGAGUGGCCAGUGAAGUUAUCACUAGACUGUAAUAUAAACACUGCAUUUUAUCUGAAAGGAUCCUGAAGGAAAUGAUUCUACUCACCAGAACAAAUGCAAUAAGCUCUAGUUGUUCUGGAGACUAUAGUGUCCCUUUAACCACAGUAGGUUGCAACAUCUCUGAAUUAGAGUCAUGUGAUAGAAAAAACAAGCCAACUUCCUUGUGUACCGAAAUGAGACAUCUAACCUAGGUAGCAGAUAAUGGCAGGUGUGGAGCUUAUAUGCAAACCCAAUACAAGAUGAAUGCACCUGUUGUGCAAUGCAACACCUUUAUCAUCAAACAUCAAUAUUGGUUGUACAUUUGAGAGAAGAAGUGUUCGGGUCCUUGACACAUUAUGUUUUUUUUUUAUGUCUUUAUUGGUCCCAGCUUUAUAUUUAUUAAUGCCCCCACGCCAAGACAAAUAUGAAGCAUGCCACUGCUUUUUAAAGGUCUAUCCUUCCCAUUUUUUCUAAUUUUUAUUUAUGCUAUCCUACUUGUCAGAUACUAUUUGGUAUGACUGUGGAUAUCAGUGAAGUAUUAUGUAUGGAUAUUUAAAAAAGGACUCCCUAUCUUUUUGACCUACCUAUAGCAGAAGAGAGUAGCUGGUUCUCCUAAGAACCAGUUUAGCGAGUAUCAUAUAAGUAAUUAUUAGGGAUGACACAUUCUAUCCCCAUCAAAUAUAUAGACACAAACAAAGUUAUUCACUAAAGUGUGGAUUCAAGGGAUAGGGGAAUUUCAAAUUUUAGGUCAAUAUAUUAUCCACGCUUGGAAUAAUCAAAGAGCCUUACUAUAUUCCGUUUUGAAUAGGAGAGUAUAAUGUAAUUGGAACAUACUGUGUCAUCCUAAAAUGAAUGCAUGUUCAACCCUGAAAACGAUAGCUGUAAGUAAACGUUACUUUAAUUUCUUAACAUGUUAUUGUUAAUUGUGAUCGCGUACAUAUCCUCAGACAUUAUGGUUCGCCCUAAGAUAUCAGACAAUUUUGCCAAAUCAAUGUUCUUCUGUGUUUGCUAAUGCUGUAGUGGCUAUGGUGUUAUGAGUACCCUGGUGCCUUAUACAGCAGGUAAACAUUGAUCUCAUGUGACUCGUAUGUGUGCACCCUAUGCUCUAAACCAAAUAUGUAUGGGUUAUAAAACCUGAAGCUGCUUGCUCUUUUUUCAUUUGUUGAAUAUUGUUACUCAGUCUUGCUGUACUACAUGCAUACUGCUUUUAUGUUCUAUGCUAGGACAAUAGACACUUAUUUUUAAAUUUAUCAUCAGUAGAAUCUGUUCAACCCUUGGGUCGCAGGUAGAAAUCCCGGAAGUGUUAACUUAGCCCUUCAUCCUUCCGAGGUAGAUAAACUUGGUACCAUUAAAUUAGGUAAUAGUAACAACCCUUGGAUGUUGGGCUAAGGUAACAUCCCUGGGAUGUACUUGAAAAUCAGCGUUAUCUGAAUGUACCUUUCCUGGUUAAAUACUUUGUUAUAAAUAUUUACAAAAUAAAAAGUUUGUAACGUGUAUUCUCUCUCUCUAUGCAGGGUUCCGUUAUCCAUUCAGCUCAUAAUGUUUCUACCACUGAGCCUGCUGCUCAGUUUGGCAUUGGCCGUCAGCUCUUUUCCAGUUGAUCCGGAGGAUAAUGGAAAGCACUGGGUGGUGCUGGUUGCCGGGUCCAAUGGCUGGUACAACUACAGACAUCAGGUACCAAUCACUUUAUCAAUGGGGACCUAUGGGGUUUAAUCUCCUUUACUUUUCCGGACAAGAGGAUGGGACAUUUCCAUUAUACAGUGACAUAUAAGUAAUGCAAUUGCUCAUUAAAGGAACACUGCAAGUACCAUAACUACUACAGUUUGCUGUAAUCAUUUUGCUGCCAGCAGUGCCCAGAUGAUCCCCCAUUGUAAAGACUCUGAAACCAAUAUAGAAUGGUUUUACAUCUUACCUCCUAGGAGCUUCUGGUUCUCCCUAGUAAGUAUUGCAAGGACACUAUAAUCACUUGUGCGCUGUAGUGGUUUUGGUGCUUGGAGUGUUCAUUUAAGGAGUUAAAAGGUCCAUCAUUCAUUUAUAUCAUUUAUAUAUAUUUAUGUUAGUGCUUUUUUUUUUUUUUUUUUGUAGUGAUGCAGCUAUAUACUCCAAAUUAUGGUUUGCUAUUAGCCACUCUUCUUCACCAUCGUAUCGUUGUUUUUUGUUUGUUUGGUUUUUUUUCGUUUUUUUUUCUUCUUUGUUUCAGGCUAUAGAAUACGAUUGAAUACAAGCUUAGAUCUAGUGCAUCUAAUAGGGAAAAAAACUGCACAUUUUUUAAAUGUAAAAAUAAUCGUUAACUUGUCGAAUAUGCUGCACUUUUUCUAACUGAAGGCUAACGUGCUAGUCGGUUAUGUCUGUAUGCAAGAGGGAAUGUGUGCCUUAAAGCAGGAAGCUCUGUACAGCUAGAUCAAGCAUGUCAAACUCAAAUGCUAACACGGGCCAGAUAAACGUACUUUAAGUUUACAUGGGCCGCAAAAAAACGAAAACUUCAGUUUUCAUAGAAACGUAGGUUUAUGUUGACUGGUACAGUAUAAAAAAAGUGCCUAACUGAUACUGGACGUCCUCUCUCUCGUAGGGCGUAAAAGAGCGGAUUUAUUUUAAGGAGACGUGCAUUUGCAUAUAACCAAUGUUUCAGUCCAACUACCUUUAAGAAAUGUUUGGUGAUGGGACUGAAAUGGUGAAUGUAUGCUGUUGCACAGCUGUAAAAAACAAAUGACGUUAUCUUGUUGAUUUUGAAGUUCUAUGAGUGUGUUCUUCACUUUGGCUGAGAUCAUCAAACUUGAUGAUCUCAGCCAAUCCAAUGCUCCCCCUUCACCCAAUCUAAGACACUGCCCCUUAAUCUAAUACUGUUCUCCCUGCCCCUUAAUCUAAUACACUGCCCCUCCUCCCUCCACUCUAAUUGAAUACACUGCCCUCCCCCAGUUCAAUACACUGCCUGCCCCUUACACCACUCUAACAUACUGCCCCUUCCCUUAAAUCAAUACACCCUUCCCCAAUUUAACACCGUACACAGGAAGAUCCCCCAACCCCCUCUUCCCCUACCUUAAGAUGAGCCGCCCGUCCUCCAGUUCCAGCUCUUCUCUGUUCAAGCAGGCCAGAUGCUCCUCUAGCACUGCGAGCGGGUGGGAAGGGGGAGUGGCUGACCUGCUCUGCAGACAGGCAGCCACUAUUGUGGCCAUGGGAGGGGAAGACAAGAAUCAGACAGGAAAUAUCUUGAGCUAGAUAAUAGGAAGUAGUGUGAAAACAUAUAUGUAUAUAUCACUCGGAGGACACAAUUUGCUUCAACAGAAUAAAGAAGCUUGACAACAAAAAUAUAAAAAACCGAGGUGAAUGAUAAACCGGUCAAAGGCUAGGAUAUGGAGCACUAAAUAAAGUGGCAUCAACCCACGCCCCUCCAAGUUAAUGGCCUAUGCCUGGUCGAGUCUCUGCUGCAACCACGUCAUACCAGCCCCAUGCGGGCAUAGGAUUUUGCGUGCUUUCCCCACCGUCCCAAAAGUCCAAGACACUAUUCCUGAUGGCCGUGGUAUCUGAGCUCGAUGAUGCCUCUGCCACAAUACACUCAGAGGCUGUGGGUGGUGCAUGGGGUAUAUGCCCCAGUUGACUCCUGGCCUAGAAAGGCAGGUCUUCUAGAAGACAUGGGAUGUCCUCACUGCGUCUCUCAGUAUGGGUUCUCGAGAGUAUUGUUCUUCAGCCAGCUGGUCCGGUUAAGGUAGGUAUGUAGUCGCUCUCAGGCUUAGCCGCUCCAAGAAGUUCUCAAAGAGACCAUCAUAUUUUUCUAGAAUGUUGUCCAUCUGUGGGCUUGAGCCAGUGCCAUGUGGUGAGGCAAUCUCGUGAAUCAGGCCAUGUGGGCCUCUUGCUGUGUAGACCAUCCGAGGCACACAAAGCUUGCAGACCCAAGAGUGGGGACCUGGAUAACCCUUGCUAGUCCAAUGGAACAACCGUUUCCCUCGCCAAGAACAGAGGGCCUCUGUGAUGGAGGUUUCCUUGAGUCUCUUGCCGCUCAUGUAUCACCCUCCAGGCACCUUUUAUUCAUCACUCCAGUGUGUCAGAUUGUGUAGAAGACACUUUUAAGAGGAGCCCUCUUGGCACAUUUUGUCAAAAUCAGCUGAGCUCCUCUGCAGUGCAACCGUCAAGCAUGACCAUCAAGCUCCGCCCCUAGAAAUACAAUUUAAAUGAAAAUGGGAUGAUCAUUUAUUUAUUUUGUGAUGUUAAUAUUUCUUAGUGUAAUCUAUGUCCCUAAAUAGUAAAGUAUUCCUGAAAAAAAGUUAUUUCUAGGAGUCUAUCAAAUUCAAAACCUUCUACUAAACAGUUCUUUUUACGUUUUCUAUAUUGGCCUUAAAUUAGAAAUUCUCUCUGAAUUCCUCGAAGUUCUUUUUUUAGUGGAUAUCCCAGCAUGUGUUUGCUGGGAUGAAUACACAAUGAAAUGUCUGAACUUUGAGCAAUUCUCUCUGAGUAUGCAUUAUUAGCUUGUGAAGGGGUAACAUCAUUGCAUAGGUUAUGGUUCAGCAGUUUCUAAUGAAUACAAGCUUUAAAGGAUUAUUUCGACCAGCCUGAUAGUGGUGUGUGCACAUACACAUACUACAGGGCUAGCAAUUGAGAGUGAUUGGCUUUCUAUUGGGAGUGGUUAACGUCUCUAUGAAGAGGGUGGAGACGACGAACAUCGGUCUUGCAAAGAUUGCAGGACCACAAACAGGAAGUCCCUUUAGCGGUUGUCUUAGUGACAACCAUUAGAGUUGGCGUUGGGAAGCAAUAGAAAAACUAAAUUUUCUCAGAAAAGGCACGUUUUACACUGUUGAGGUUUCAGGGACAGUCUAUUAGUGUAGGCUUUAACAUUCCUUAUUACAUAUUGACGUAUCAUCUUGACCUACUUUUGUAGUUUUAUUUUUACUUUUGUGAAAAUGUAAAGAGGAUUUUAAUGUCAGUCACCCAUGGAAUGUUACUGCAAUCAAAUUAUAAAUAACUGGCGCAUGUGACUGCUGGACCUGUACAACCUGUAGAACCAGUGUAGGAUACCGAUUUAAAUCACCUCUAGCAAUAUCUAGUUAACUUUAUUAAAUUUUUAAUUGUUUUUUUUUUUUUUCCUCAUGCUGUAAAUGGCGUAGCCUGGUAUAAAACAUAAAUUAAACAAAUCCCAUGUUGCCUUGUGCCAGCUCAUGAGGAAGUGCCCUAGCGUGCAUUUGUUUGUACACGUAUGGUAGAAUAUACCCCACAGCGAACAAGCAUUUUCGGCAAAUGUAUGUUUGUCUUUUAUUUUUGUUUGUGGGUUUUCUCCAGCUCAAAAGGGUGGCUGAUCCACUUUAGCCCUAUGUAUUCCAGAUUGGGAAACUAUAUGUGUUUAAAGGGACACUAAACAGCAAAACUACUACAUCUCAAUAUAAUAAUUUUAAUGCACAAAUGCAGUCUCUUUACUCAGACCAUAGGUCUACCUCGCUCCUGAUUGCACAGAGAUAAUCAAUCCUGAUCAUCUAAUUUUUUUUUUAACAAAUGGGCCUUAAUUUAAAGGACCACUCUAGGCACCCAAACCACUUCAGCUUAAUGAAGUAGUCUGGGUGCCUGGUCCAGCUAGGCUCAACCCAUUGUUUUAUAAACAUAGCAGUUUUAGAGAAACUGCUAUGUUUAUGAAUGGGUUAAGCCUUCCUCCAAUUCCUCUAGUGGCUGUCUCAUUGACAGCCGCUAGAGGCGCCUGCGUGCUUCUCACUGUGAAAAUCACAGUGAGAGCACGCAAGCGUCCAUAGCAAAGCAUUGAUAAUGCUUUCCUAUGUGACCGGCUGAAUACGCGCGUAGCUCUUGGCGCGCGUGCGCAUUCAGCCGCAUGGGAGGAGAAGAGGAGGAUCGGAGGAGGAGAGCUCCCCGCCCAGCGCUGGAGAAAGGUACGUUUUUACCCUUUUCCCCCUUCCAGAGCCGGGCGAGAGGGGGACCCUGAGGGUGGGGAGCACUAUAGUGGUCCUUUAAAGUUAAAAAAGGGGGAGGGGAUACUGAUGGUUUUUAUAACAUUUAGUUUUAAUGUACAAGUGUUAUUUUUAAAUAUUAUAUCUGACAGAAUUGGUUUCAUCUACACAGGGUUGUCUUUUCUGCAAGUGAAAUAGUAACGUGAGCCAUUUUUAUACCUAAACAAAGUCAUAUUCCGCUUAACUUUUGGUUUCAUGUAACUAUUAGUCCCCGUGACUGCUCUCGAAAUUAACAUGCAUGUGGAUUCUCUAUUUUCAUUACUCCAGCGUAGGAAUGGAACAAGUAAGUUCGCUGUGCAGGAAGUGACCCCUAGACUGAUAAUGAAGUACAAAAUACAUAUGAAAACAUAAAUAGCUUGCAAGUUGCUAACUUUGCGGCACUGGCAUUAGCAAAGUUCUGCAGCUGGCAGACGCCUGCUCAGCCGGUAAGAAGCUCCUCCAAUCAAGGGGUGUAAGUCCUGAAGAAAGUUUGCUGUGCCAAAAUUACAAGUGUAUCUUUGCAAGGUUAUUCUUUGAACCUCCCUUACUCUGAAGCCUUAGGGAGUCUCUUGGGCCUUUUUAACCCUCCCCCCAGCGGCACGAGGAUCCCUCACCACAGCAAUUCUGACCAUUGGGUGAUCACCCGUAGUGAUGAUCUCCUGGCAAAUCCAAUAAUUCUCAGAAAAUCAGUGGUACACAGGCCGCAUUGGCUGAAAUUGCCACAGAGUGAUGAUAAUGCUUUUCUUAGAGAAACUUUGAAUCCAAUAAAUAGCUUUUCGCCUUGUGGGGUACAAUGCAAUCCGGAAGGGUGUUGUUGAGGGUGCAAUUAAGGAACAUACUAAAGUGCCGAUUUGAUCUUGAAAUCAGCAUUAUAUUAUAUGUCAAGGACAGGACACUCUGUUAACCCCUAAAGCAUUUCAGCAAGCAUUGCAGCGCAAACACUAGAAAUUCAAAGGCACUUUUAGGCAUUUAUGAAGUGGUCUCAUUGUUCUGCCAGCUUACAUUUAUUUAAAUGUCAAGUAUGUUUGAUGUGUUAUGCAGAGUGGUCUUGGUCCCCACACUUGAGUAACUCACCUGAGAGUCUCUAAAACAUUAACCCUUCCAAAGACCACUGCCAAGUCUUGUUUAUUGUGAUAAAAGAAAGGGUAUUGCUACUGUACAGGGCUUAGUUAUUGAUAAUUGGUUGUUAUUCUUUAUAAAGUCCCAAUACAUUCCGCAGCGCUGUACAGUUGGUACAAGUACAAAGACAAAACAUACAAUACAUCUGAGACCAUACGAAAUUUGACAAAUACAGGAGUUAAAGGGACACUAUAGGCACCCAGACCACUUCAGCUCUUUGAAGCGGUCUGGAUGCAUAGUCCCAGGUUCCUUAACUCUGCAAAGGUAAUUAUUGCAGUUUUUAAGAAUAGACAGAGUUUAGAUCGGGUCACAUAUGUACGGCUGUGAUAAUAUUUCACAUUCAUGGCUACAUCUAACAAAUAACAAGCAAAACUGAAUAGAAGAUUCUAAACAUAUAUAUAAAUACCCUAGGUGAACAUUGUCGUCUCAUUGGGCAGGUGCUAUCUAAUCGUCUGUGAAUGAUGCACAAUGCAUUGAUAAGAGGGCAGCGGGUUGAGUACUUUGUUAGUUGGCACAGUCUUGGGACUGUUGUGGGGGGUCCAAGGUGUGGCCCCAUCAUAAUGGGUGUUCUGUUCCUUGCAUGCCGUACUUAAGAUAGGGGGGGGGGAUAGGUAUUUCCACAGCAGCCCCCAAGCCAGCCAAGGAAUCAUUUGAAGUUCUGUGAUCCAUGGGUUCCAUAUUUUGUGGAAGGAUUAAGUGUUUUCAUGGAUCAAGACCAAUAGUUUGUCCAUCUCCAUAGUCCUAAUUUUGCUAAUCACCUCCAGCAUUUGUCAGGAUGUUGCUGCAUCCCCAGUGACAUGCGAUGGUCUUGGUUAGGCUUGGAUAGGAGCCAUACCCAGAGAACCUUGGGAAGGAUAGAAUACGUGGACAAAACGUUUUUUAAACCCCUUCUGCAGCACAGUGGACAAGGGUGGGAGAGCUAUAAUGCAAGAAAAACCAGUUUGUUUUCCUGACACUAUAGUUUCCCUUUAAGGGCUCUUUGCCCUUGGGAACUUACAGUGUAGAUGGAUAUGAGUGAUGAGAAACAGGAUUCAUGUUUAUUUUUAACAGGUGUUCAACCAAUAGCACAGCAAUCCCAUUCAUCUUAUGCACAGCUAUCUGUAGCUAGUAUAAUAAAAUCAGUGUGCAAUAUCACGUGUUACUCGUUGGGUCUGCAUUUAUCUAGUUUGUUUUACUGCCAUGUCUGAACAUAUGGAUAAAUAAACAGCACUUUUAAUGGAACUUCCUUUUGCCAUUUUGUGAGUGUGGUUAAAGGAAUCCUACAUUAACCAUUUACCAGGUUGCUUUCAGCUAGCAAGAAAAAUCCCUGUAAUUAUAAAGUCUUUGAAGUUCAGAAAAGCAGAGCACAAUAGUGUGUGUGUGUAUAUAUAAUAUUUGUGAAUCAAACACCAUUUCAGUUAAUUUUUCAUUAUGUCCAGGGACACUAGUUAGACUAAGACCUUUUCCCUUUCCACGAUGUUGGUGUCGUUGCUAAGGCACAUCAUGAUAUCUGGUCUAGGUUAAACAGCCCAUGAUGUGCAGUGGGAGAGUUUGCACGGGUGCUAUUAAAAAUUGCGCCCCCUGCUGAUUGUACAUACCCACACAGUUUAUUUACCCAAUGGCAGGCAUCCUGUAGAAUGCAAACAGUCAAAUCUAGUAGGGGCACAAUUCAUAGUACAGAGAAUGGGAAGCAGGACUGGACAAGCAAUUUGUCUUAUUUUCCACUGACUGGUCACAUGGUGUUUAAUUAUAAAGAAGUGAAAACCAUCUCUGGGGAAGUUAAAUCACUCUUACUCAGAAUGUUAAUGCAAGAAUAAGCAUUUUAAGGAAACACAUGCCCAGGACAUAACAUAACACCUGUUUGCUGAGACACCAGACAGUGCACACGCUUUGCUCCGUAUUACAGUAAUUUCAUGGUAAGCGCUUUAUGUGGCUGAUUACUAUAGCAGGAACCAGUCAGGAGUGUCAGUACUGUUUUUGAAUUUCUUUUCUUUUUCAAGAAUAUUGACAUGUGACAAUAUUUGCCAGACUGUGAUCAGUUGAGUAUUCAAUUCGUGCACACUGCAUCAUGGAAAAACAAUCUUACCAUGUAUCAUACUGUAUGAUAGAAAUAUAGGGGAUUCACAUGGAACCCUUUUAAGUAGGAGCAUCAAUCUUUUCUGUUGCCACUCUAUGAAUGGAAAAGGCAAUUUCUGCGUCAUGCCAUUAUAUACUGCUAGUUACCUUUUUGUGUAUGGACCGCUGCAAAGAGGUUUAUGGGAAAACAUUUCAGCUUCAUUUUGUACUGAAUUAUGUUUUGGGUUUUGAAGUGAGUAUAUCACAGAAAAGAGAUGUUAAAUGUGGAAAGCCAAAUGCUAAUUAUUUUUUUGGCAGGGGAGGGAAGUUGUAAUCUAAACACAUUGUGCUAGCAGGUAUUGAUAUACCGUAUUUAUCGGCGUAUAACACGCACCGGCGUAUAACACGCACCUCAUUUUAAGAGGGAAAUUUCAGUGAAAAAAAACUUAAAGGAUCACUAUAGUGCCAGGAAAACAUACUCGUUUUCCUGGCACUAUAGUGCCCUGAGGGUGCCCCCACCCUCAGGGACCCCCUCCCGCCGGGCUCUGGAGAGAGGAAGGGGUUAAACACUUACCUUUCUCCAGCGCCGGGCGGGGAGAUGUACUCCUCCUCUCCUCCUUGCUCGCGACGUCAUCGGCAGGAGCCGCGCGCGCAUUCAGCCGGUCGCAUAGGAAAGCAUUUACAAUGCUUUCCUAUGGACGCUUGCGUGCUCUCACUGUGAUUUUCACAGUGAGAAGCACGCAAGCGCCUCUAGCGGCUGUCAAUGAGACAGCCACUAGAGGCUCUGGAGGCUGGAUUAACCCUCAGUAUAAACAUAGCAGUUUCUCUGAAACUGCUAUGUUUAUAAAAAGGGUUAAUCCUAGAGGGACCUGGCACCCAGACCACUUCAUAAAGCUGAAGUGGUCUGGGUGCCUAGAGUGGUCCUUUAAAUUUCAAAUAAAGAACUUCUUACCCCCCUUUCUUACCCUCCCCCUCUUCUUACUCCCCCUCCCCUCUUACUCCCCUCUCCCUCUUCUUACCCUCCUCCCACUUCUUACUCCCCCUCUCUUCUACUCCCUCUCUUUCUUACCCCUCCUCCCUCUUCUUACCCUCCCCUUUUCUUACUCCCCCUCUUCUUACCCCUCCCUCUUCUGACCUCCCUCCCUUUCUUACUCCCCUCUCUUAUUCCCCACUCCCUUCUUACUCCUCCCCUCUUCUUACCCCCCUCCCCCUCUAUUCACCCCCUUCUUACCCCCCUCCCCUGUAGCGUGGCCGAGCCGCUCUGCUGUCCGCGUGGAACAGGAGUUUCUGUUUCCUGUACCCGAUCGGACUGACAGGAAGGUGCACACUGAGCGUGCACCUUCCUAUCACUCCGGCCGGCCACCCCGGACAGCAGUGCGGCUCGGCCACGCUACAGGGGAGGUGAGUACCAACUGCAGCCGCCGGAGCGCUCUUGACAGAGCGCUCAGGCGGCUGCAGUAUUUAAAGGGCCGGCGUAUAACACGCACCCACAAUUUCUCCCCUAUUUUCAUGGAGAAAAAGUGCGUGUUAUACGCCGAUAAAUACGGUAUAUUUAUUACAAACAGUUGUUGGUUAAAUGAUGUUUAAAGAAUGUUCAGUAUUUCCAUGGUGGAUUCUCAGCUACCACAGAUGUGCCCAAUCACGUAUGUCAUAGUUACAUAGCUGAAAAGAGAAUUGCGUCCAUCAAGUUCAGCCUUCCUCACAUUUGUUUUUUGCUGUUGAUCCAAAAGAAGGCAAAAAACCCAGUUUGAAGCACAAUUUUGCAACAAGCUAGGAAAAAAAUUACUUCUUGACCACAGAAUGGCAGUCAGAUUUAUCCUUGGAUCAAGCAGUUAUUACCCUUCAUUGAAAGAUUAUAUCCUUGAAUAUUCUGUUUUUGCAGGUAUGCAUCUAGUAGCUAUUUGAACAUCUGUAUGGACUCUGAUAAAACCACUUCUUCAGGCAGAGAAUUCCAUAUCCUGAUUUGUUAAAAAACCUUUCCUUUGCCUUAGACGAAAUCUUCUUUCUUCCAGUCUAAACGCAUGGCCUCGGCCAAGUCCGGUUUGUGAAUAGAUUUCCACACAAUGGUUUGUAUUGGCCCCGAAUAUAUUUGUAUAAUGUUAUCAUAUCCCCUCUCAGGCGACGUUUUUCUAAACUAAAUAGGUUUAAAUUUGUUAACCUUUCUUCAUAGCUGAUAUGUUCCAUUCCUUUUAUUAAUUUUGUAGCCCGCCACUGCACUUUUUCUAGUGCCAUAAUAUCCUUCUUUAGAAAAGGUAACUUUCAAUGCUGUCUUCAAGAUCAUUUAUAAACAUGUUAAAUCGAAAGGGUCCCAGAACAGACCCCUGAGGGACACCACUUGCCACCUCUGUCCAGCUUGAAAAUUUACCAUUAAUGACAACUCUUUGUACUCUGUUUUUAAGCCAAUGUUCUACCCAAGAACAAGCAUUUUCAUCUAGACCGAUUUCCUUGAGUUUGAACACUAAUCUAUUUAAUAAUUUGAAACCGUUUUAUUUGCAGGCCGAUGUGUGCCACUCUUUCCAGAUAAUUAAGAAAAAUGGCAUUCCUGAUGAACAGAUUAUAGUUCUGAUGUACGAUGACAUUGCACAGAACGAGGAGUAAGUAUCCAAUCUGUGAGAAUAUGUUCUUUGUGUAGUUUCUCUACGUUGCUAUCCACCUGCUAGGGAACUUUCCCAGGUACACCAUGUGUUCCUAUACCACGAUCACUUCUUGUUUAUGGACAGCACAUGACAAGUGCUGACUAAUCUCUAACCCCUUACAUGUCCCUCUCCUCGUUUACAAUGCGUUUCCAUUUGUGGAUCUUCGCUGCAUGUCUCGCUGCUUCCCAAACCGAUGUGGAGGUAGCCAGUGCCUGGUCUCAUUUUUGGUUUUACAGGGCAUGCUUUUACUCCAUGCUUUUGUUAAUUGAUCUGAUCUGGAGCUCCCCAUGUUAGAUGAUAAUGUGAUAUUCAUGCUCCACCCCUAUGGUUAAUCAUUACUGGCAGAUGUAGUUAAAGUGGUCCUGAAUUGUGUCAAUCACUUCUGCUUCUGUAAAGAAGGGCCUAAAGCAUCACUGCAUCUAAAAUGGUCAGAUGCACCAUGUUGUCACCAUGCCAUAGAGUGAUACUUUAAACCUGCUCCUCUACAAUAUAUAAAUUGUGUAUUGUUGGAGGGAAUUCAGUUAAAUAUAUCAAGUCCCCUGGGAUACUUUUCUUAAUUAUUUGGUUAUUUGAUUCUGUGACUGCACUCUAAAUGCUGUGCCCCACAGAUUGUGUAAGCAAUAUUUGUCCAAGAAAUUCAGAGCAUCUGGCAGCCUUAGCUGCAUCUCAAAGUGAAUCGAGUUUAGUUGUUUGGUUUUUUUAAGCCUGGAGUGUGUGUCACUGUCCUUUGUCUAACUCCCAGAAAUUAGGCUACUGAGGCUGGUCUUUGGGAUCCCCGUGCCUUGAGGGUUCAUUGCUCCCACUGUUCCAUCCCUCCCUGGCCUUGUGAGUUUAGACAGACAGGUAGAAUAUUCAUUUUAUGCUGGCUAGCACUGUAGUGGCUGCUUUGCACACUGCCCACCAUCUAUGGGAGAAAUCCUUGGUAAGACAGACUGUAGAAUGACUUGUCCGUUUAUAAAUCACCUACUAAUUGCAUGGAAACCUGACUUAUAGAAAUCCCGCUACAUUUUGUGCUAAAACGUGAAAUUCCUUUUGAAUUUAUGUUUUAGUGAAUAACUGUGUUAUUGUGUGUUUAGUAUUGUAAUAGAUCAAACAGGGACACAGAAUGUUGUAGACCUUAUGUAUGUAUGUAUGUAUGUAUAGAAUGUUAUUCUGUGUAUGGUGGUAUCAUGUCUAAAAUCAAUAUUUUAAAUUAAUGUUUGUAUCAUAUCAUUGUCUAAUGCAGAUAUCUGUAUUGCUUUCUUUAAUACGUCCUGUCUAUAUCCCCUUAGAAAUCCAACUAAAGGAAUUAUCAUUAACCGACCCAACGGGACAGAUGUCUAUGCUGGGGUCCUAAAGGACUAUACAGGGGAGGUAGGUUGUGCUGUCAUAGUUAAUAAAACAAGCUGAAGAAGGACAAAUAUUGUUGUCAAACAUGUUUGUGGUGCUUUUUUUAGUUUUUAUAUGCAAUGAGGAAAUUGAAGCAUAGUCAUGGCUUAUGUUCCCAGUUCUGUCAGAUUCUACAGGUCUCUUAGGGUAAGUUAUGUGUGUUUAUAUUGCAGAAUGUCACCCCCGGUAACUUCCUUGCUGUCCUGAAAGGAGAUGCUGAAGCUGUAAGUGGGAUUGGAUCAGGCAGAGUGCUUAAGAGGUGAGUAAGUGUCUUCUCUUUUGUGGGUUUCCUGUAGUGAAAGUAAAACAGCUGCUCGAAGUAGAUGAACACAUCGUCCAAGUGAUCUCUAUAAAACACCAGAUUAUGAGCCCAUAUUGUUUUUUCAUAUCUACAUUUACAUUCCGUGUCUUUUCUGUGGACAAGCCACAAGAGACCCAGGUGUGUGCUUGCACUGAUACAAACCUCUGUCACAGCUUCCUUACAGUCUAGCUCUGCAUGUCCACUACGGUAAUGCCAUGCUUUAUGUUAUAUAACUGUUUCAUUUUGAACCAUGAAGGAGAAAUUAAUACGGUUAUCGCAGGUACCAGCACAGACUUGUACUUGUUUUCAGUUGGGUAAUUGCGUCUGAACAUUUUACAGGCCCCUUUGAAAGCCACUAUAUAGAUCCCUCAGGCAAGGUUUUUGUACUUUGUUGGGCUUAUUCUUCAAAAUGUAUUCUGUGUUUCAUCUAAUUUAUGAACUACGGAAGUUAUAAAGUGGGUGCACAAGUAUAGGUUACCUCUUAAAUGAAUACUCCAGGCACCAUAUCCACUUAAGCACGCCAUCGUUGUUUUGGUGCCAGGACUGACCUGGUGAUGUCCACUGGACGUGGUUAAACCAUUUGCUUGCAGUUUGACAACUUACAUGGGGUCCGCUAGAGAGCCAGAAGCUCUCCAUGAGCUCUCAAUGGAGAAAGUGAUUGGUGCCCCGCAGUCCCAGGUAAUGUUUCUGAACAUUAUGGUUUGACUCUGUAGCAGUUAUGGUGCUUGGAGUUUUCCUUUUAAUUAGGCUUGCAUAACUUCCAGGCAUAGAAAUGUGUAUUAUGCCAGUAAAAAAUAUUCUGUUUUAUUGAAAACCAGUUUGAUUUUGUUUCAUGCAGUGGCCCUAAUGAUCACAUCUUUGUAUACUUCACGGACCAUGGAGCAGAAGGCCUGCUGGCUUUCCCUAAUGACGAUGUAAGUAGAUUGUCACCUUUUCUGCAGUAGAUCUCUGUAACAAUACAUUUUAGCCAAAUACUGAAAAAGCUGUACCGUUCCAAGGUGCUGAUUUAAUUUCCUGAAACAAUACAGUGUAUUCAAUAAAGUGAUGAAUGUCAGGAAUUACGUAUGAAUUUAAAAUUUAAGGCCAAAGACUUUUGAAACACUUCAAGGUCAUCUAUUUGGCCUUAAAGGAGCACUAUAGGGUUAGGAACGCAAACAUAUAUUUCUGACCCUAUAAUGUUAAAACCACCAUCCGUCCCCCUCUUUUCACCCUAAAUAUAGUAAAAUCUUAAUUGUAUUCAAGUCUACAGCUGCAACAUCUGCCUCAUCUGCCGACAUCAUCAGAAGUGGUGGUGUAAGCCAAUAACAGCGCUUCCCCAUAGGAUUGACUGAAACUGUGAAGGAGGCAGAGCCAGCACAAGCCAAACACAGCCCUGGCCAAUCAGCAUCUCCUCAUAGAGAUGAAUUGAAUCAAUGAAUCUCUAUGAGGAAAGUUCAGUGUCUGCAUGCAGAGGGUGGAGAUACUGAAUGUUUGGAUGCAUUUUAGGCAGCCAUGACCCAGGAAGGGUCUCUAACAGCUAUCUGAGGAGUGGCCAGUGAAGUUAUCACUAGGCUGUAAUGUAAACACUACAUUUUCUCUGAAAAGACAGUGUUUACAGCAAAAAGCCUGAAGGUAAUGCUUCUACUCACCAAAACAAUAAGCUGUAGUUUCUCUGGUGACUAAUGUCUCUUUAAAUUCCCGAUAGUUGACACUUUGGUGAAUAACCGUGUAUAAUUACUUAAAUAAAAUCAGCACUUUAGAAUAACUAUCAAACCAAGACCUCCAUCCUGAUCUGUCUCACCUUCUCCAAACCAGAAGAGGAAAGACACUGCUUUCCCAGUAUUUAACUGGAACAGUACAUUUUAUCACUUUUGUGAAAACCCUGAUAAUCUGUACAAAUGAUCUGCGACCUUGUGAAGAGAGAUACUCUGUUUAGUCAUCAAACUGAUAGCUAUAAACAACUCAUGGCAGAACUUUUUAUCGUAUUUAUCAAUGGUGGCUAUGCUGCCAAUUUUAUGUGGACAGGCCAGACCAUUAGGGUUAUAUAAAGUGAGAAUUGUCAGGAAUUCAAAGAUAAUUUCACAUUUUAUAUCAAAAUCGCUGACUUGGAGCUUUUCCUAUUUUGACAUUAAAUUUAAAAAAAUUCACAUGAAUUCCCAACAAUUAUCACUUUAUUAAAUUAACAUGUAUAAGUUGAAGUCACUUUCAUAAUUUUUUUUAAAGGAAAACGGCAAACACCAUAACUACUACAUCACGCUGUAGUGGUUAUGGUGUCGAGUGUCCUGACACCACCCCCACAGGGCCUCUUCUUUCCUCCACUACAUGAAAACUUAAUGACUGCAGUCUUUUCGUUUUAAAAACAUUAAUCAUUUUAAAGAGUGGUGGAAAUGAGUUUUGCUAUGGUUAAAGUUUAGGAUUAAGUUUUGUCGAAUUUGGGAGUUACCAAGUUACAAGUAAAAUAACACAUAAUUGUUUUUCAAAUUUUCAGCUGUAUGCCAAAAAUCUGUCGGAUACCAUUCAGUACAUGCAUGACAAUAAAAAGUUCAAAAAGGUAAGAUUUACUCCGCUAAGCUUAACGCUGGUCAUAUCCAACAACACGAAGCUGUCCUGUAUAUAACCGCACCGCCGUGAUCUAUUUAUAUGACAAAACUCCAACAGGUAGCUCUGACCUGGGGGUACAGUUUCUUAAACAGAGGCAGUAACAUGACAUUUUAAUAAUUGUUUUAUGGUAGAUAUCAAGAACUCAUUUUAAGGAGAAUACAAUUAAGGUCUCGGCGAAAUAUUAUAUGCCCUGAACAAAUGUUUCAUGAUUCUUUUAUAGUGAUACAAUGUUCUCUUAUAUCUUGGUAGAUGGUAUUUUACAUUGAGGCCUGCGAGUCUGGCUCUAUGAUGAAGGAUCUUCCAAAUAACAUUAAUGGUGAGUGAGCGAUUGAGAAAUGCAUUAGAACAUGAUACAAGCACAACUUACCAAGGGUAAAACUUGGGGGAGAACAUGAGACAGAAACAAUUAUCGGUGAAGGACACCACUUAAUGUGAGGUAGAACGUGACGAAGGAACACCGCAGACCAGGAGCCAAUAAACCCUUUAUUAUGAGAUCUUUUCUUUUCAUGAUCUUAAGAACUCUUUAUCACGUGGCUGUCAACGUGUUUAACAAGAGGUAAAUUAGGCUAGGCCAGAUUUUUCCAUAUCAACACGUGUCUCGGGAAAGAUGGUGCUGUGAUCUGACACCAUAUCAAAAUUUCGAACAUUCAUUUAGUUUUGGUCUUUUAAUAGAUUCAGUUGUUUAAAUUUGCUGAUUUAUAGGUACGUAUCCCUAGAUACGGAAUACAUCUAUAUCUUAACAGGAGAACACGUCUAGCAUAAUAUCUAAACCAAAAAGAAUACAAUCAAAAUAGGCACAGUCACUAAUAUAAAAGAGGGGGGAGGAAUAUUGUCAACAAACUGUCUUUUAUAAAGGUCCUGUGAUUAAUUAAUCAGGUUGCGCUGGUAAUGAAAAUAUCACUUGUUUCACAAUAUUGUCUGUAUCUCAAGCUCCCCUUUCCCCCAGAGAUCCUUAGCAUGUGUAAUGUAUGCAUAUUUAUAUACCCCUAUGUAGUAAUCGUAUUACAUAAAAAAUGACUGGGAGCAAAUUGCAGAAGCGAAACUGCACAGCAAAUCUUGUGACCAAUUAGUAACAUAACAUUUUGCGAACAGAGCAGCUGUGACGCACGCACACCCACAAGGUCAUGGUUUAAGUAUCCGUUACAUUCGCGUGUUACGAAAAAUCCAUCACAGGACUGCCAAUAAACUAACUUUAAAAAACAAAGGAAAAAAAACCCUUGGCAGUGUAUAUGCAGUUGUUAUUUUAAUUGUUUUCUUUUUUUCACUAGUUUAUGCAACCACGGCAGCAAAUCCCCAUGAGUCAUCCUAUGCGUGUUACUUUGAUGAAAAGCGGAAUACCUACCUUGGCGACGAAUACAGUGUCAACUGGAUGGAAGACUCUGAUGAGGUUAGUAGUAUUCUUUGACCACGAUUCUGUGUCUUUUUCGAGAGGUUACGGCACUUAAUUUGUUGUGGUUUGUUGUUUUUUUUUUUUGUUUUUUUUAUUGCUGUUUAGUUUUUGGCUUUUUUUGAACAAGCUAGGGAGAGAUGAUGAGACUCAUUAUGGGGCUGAUUUUCUAAACAGUAAAUUGCAGUAAACAGAAAACUGAAUCAGAAAAUUUAGGUUAAAACAGCCAUGCUAGGACUACAGCGGGGUUUCAGAAUUUCUCAAAUAAGUUACUCUGGGUAAACUGUCAAACCAUUCACAGACUGUGAAAAAUAUAUAUAUUUCCCCAACCUCUCGUUUAAAAUUAAGUUGUGGGUACUGUGAUAGGUACACUUCAACCUCUCUAGGACAUUGGUUAUGAACAUUAUUAAAUUUGCUAAAAAAUAUAUAUAUAGAAAACAGACAAACUUGCAUUAUCUCAAUAAGAACGUAUUAUACUUUAGUUAGUUUUACAGCAGACAAUACAUCAGGACUGCAGUCUCUAUUUAAUUUGUCCAUAGUGUGUAGACAUACAGCAGGGUUAGCUUUGUGUUUGUGCGCGGCUGCAUCCUUACAUACAAUACAAGGUGCUCUCUGAUUUAAUUUACAGGAAGAUCUGACCAAAGAAACUCUGCAUCGACAGUUUGCACUGGUGAAAAAUCGCACACACAAAAGCCACGUCAUGCAGUAUGGAAACAAGGUAUGUCGUAUUCCUCUGUCGUUAACAUUUGCAUGUGAUAAUAAUCCUAAGCUUUGGUACGGUUUAUAAUUGCUAAGACCCCACUGUGAAAAUUUGAUCUAGGAAACGGCAAGGUUAGGGUUUUAUACCCAAGGGAAUAACCCAGAAUAGUAAGGACUACCAUGCUGGACCUGGAACACCUUCCAUUCUGCCCUCUGGGAUGCACGCUCUGUGUGCAACAUAACUAAUCUACUUCUAUCCAUGACUUAUUCAUCUCACGCCCCCUAAAUGUACUUGCUUUAACUGAAACUUGGCUCUCUUCCUCUGACACAGACACCCCUGCCUCAUUAUCCUAUGGUGGUCUACAGUUUACACACAACCCAAGUCAGUCUGACAGUAAAGAUGGCGGUGUAGAGUUUCUCCUUUCUCCCCACCCCCCUUCCCUCUCUUUCUCCUCCUUUGACAUUUGCUUAUUCAAACUCAUAUCUGUAAACAUUGCAGUUCUUUAUCGGCCCCCAGGUUCUCCUCGUCUCUUCCUUGACCAUGUUGCUGCCUGUCUUCCUCAGUAGCCUCAAAAUUUAUUUCAAUCACCUCCUCCUUAUCGCAGUGGGCUAAUUCUUCCACAUGUAGCUGGUAAUACCCUCGAUCUUAUUUUUUCAAAUGCAUGCUCAGUCUCCAGUCUCUGUAAUACGCCAUUUUCCUCUAUCAGACCACCACCUCCUAUCAUUUGUUCUCGAGUGCCCCCACAUCCAAUACCCUCAACCUAACCCCCCACAUCUCAGGAGUAAUCUGAAUUCUCUUGACCUCCAGCAACUCUCAGCUGAUCUCCAUUCCAAACUCUCAUCCAUCCCUACCUUCUCCUGUCUUUCUCUGGCUAUCUCCUCAUAUGCUACCCCAACUCCAAGCACGCUCCUCAAGGAGGGCGUAUCCAACCGUGGCACACUAAGUCAACCCACUACCUGCAGAGAUGCUCCCGUUCAGAUGAACGCUGCUGGAGGAAGUCUUGCACCUUGUGAGACUUACUAUACUAUAAAUUUGUCUUGUGCUCAUACAGUGCAGCCCUCCUUUUCUUUUCUCAUUAGUUCAUGUUCCCGCAGCACCAGUAAUCUCUUUAACACUUUUAACUCACUUCUUCACCCUGGUAUGACCACCCCACAAACUAAUCUUUCAGCUGGUAGCUUUGCAUGUUACUUUACUGACCAGAUUAAACAGUUAAGGAAUGAAUUCUCCCCUCUAUCUCAACCUCACUUGGACCAUACCAUUCCUACAGUCCAAGACUUCCUUCCAGCUACUGAACCGGAGGUGGCUGUGCUUCUCCUCUCGUCCCACCUCCUGUCCACCUGAUCCAGUACCUUCCCACCUCAUUAGAGCUCUCACCCUUUGUCUUGUACCAUCCUUAACACACAUCCUAAACUGCUCUUUCAUUUGGCAUUGUCCCUGCUCUCCUUAAGCAUGCUACUGUCAUACCCAUCCUUAAAAAAAGCCAUCCCUUGACCCAUCUUCCACUUCCCAUUACCCUGCUUUCUUUUUCCUCAAAGGCUCUAGAAAGGCUUGUCUUUACUCGUAUAACUCAAUUCUUAAAUUUCAUCUCUCUCCUCCUCCUCUUCAAUCUGGCUUUCGCCCCCUCCACUCUAGAGAGACUGCUUUUGUUAAAGUUACAAGUGACCUAAUCGCAGCCAAAGCCAAAGGCCACUACUCUGUACUAAUUCUUCUUGACCUCCCUGCUGCCAUUGACACUGAUCAUUAUUGCCUCCUUCUCCUAACUCUAUCUCUUGGUCUCUGUGACACAGUCCUCUUGUGGUUCUCCUCCUAUCUCUCCCAACGUUCCUCUGGUGUCUCUUUUUCCAAGAGCACCUCCUCUCCUCGUCCUGUCUCCGUCAGAGUCCCUCACGGUUCAGUUCUUGGUCCCCUUUUUUUCUCUCUCUAUACUGCCUCUCUUGGCAAACACAUUAAUUUGGAUUCCACUACCACCUGUACGCUGACGACACCCAGAUAUAUCUCUCCCCUGCUGUCCUACAACGUGUCACCAAUUGCUUUUCUUCUAUCUCCGACUGGAUAUCCUCCCGCUUUCUAAAACUCAAUUUCUCUAAAACUGAGUUUCUUAUUUUUCCUCUUCAUAACACUGAUCCUCCUCCUUCACUCUCACUGCAGAUUGACUCUACCUGCCUCACCCCUUCCUUUCAAGCUUACUGUCUUGGUGUCACUUUUGAUCCUGUCCUCACCUUUGCGCCUCAUGUCCAGUCUGUUGCUAAAACCUGUCGAUUCCAACUUAAAAACAUUGCCCGCAUACGCCCCUUUCUUACGCAAGAUGCUGCCAAGGAGCUUGUUCAUGCUCUAGUAAUCUCUCGCAUCGAUUACUGUACUAAUUGGGCUCCCCAGAAGUCGUGCUGCCCCCCUACAAUCUGUGAUAAAUGGUGCUGCCAGUCUGAUCUUUCUCUCCUGUCGCUCCUCUCACACCUCACCCCUCUGUCGAUCCUUACACUGGCUUCUUGUCCCCUACAGGUGUCAAAUCAAAAUACUAACCCUUACCUAUAAAGCUCCAACCAACUCUAGCCCCCCUUACAUUUCUUCACUGAUUCAUAGGUAUUGCCCCUCUCGGUCUAUCCGCUCUGCCGGUGACCUUCUCCUGUCUGCUGCUUGCACCCUUACUGCAAAUUCAUGCCUGCAAGACUUCUCACGACGGCUCCUUUCUUUUGGAAAAGCCUGCCUACCCCUGUCAGACUCUCCCCUAGUCUUGAAUCAUUGAAGUCCCUCAAAACCCAUCUUUUCAGGAUUGCUUAUGGCUUCCAAGAGUAACUUCUAUCUCUCAAUCCUUUCUCUUGCUUUCUCCUAUAGGGCCACACUGCACUCACCUCCAGUUCUGCUACUUUCCCAUCAUGUCUAUUUGCUGUCUCCCUCAAUACCCUUCCUAUUGUGUUUUUAUACCCCACCUUCUCUAGACUGUAAGCUCAUUUGAGCAGGGUCAUCAACUACCUAUUGCUCCUGUUACAUUUUGUUAUUGUCUCGUUUGGUAAAUUCCCCUUUUUUAUGUAAAGCGCUGCAGAAUAAGUUUGCGCUAUAUAACUACCAAUAAUAACUUUAAAUGGGUCUUAAGAUACAAUCAAAUGUCAAAAGGUAAAAGCAUUUGUUUUGAGGUGGCGGAAAACUGGCUUACAUUAUAGAUUGAGAUAUUCGAUCAAAUUCCUGUCUAUUAAAAUCAUCCUUUGUCCAAUCACUGAGCCAUUUCAUGUUUUUUUUCUCCUUAAGUAGCCAUUUUGGCAAUCAAAGUGCACAAAUGGCAUACAUUAAUUGACCACUCUGGGUCCAUAAACCAAAGAACAAAAUGUUACUAGCCCACUAUCCCAAAUCCCUGUGCACAUUUAAAUAACUGGAGGUAUUUUAGUGUCACUCGAAUGGCCAAUAAAGUGCAAGCUCACCUGCCACGGCAAGGCACAAUCUCAAGGUGAUUACUACACUAACAAUUCACCUUUCAGCUAAAGGCAAAAUCUCUGAGACAGAGAGAGGUAUUUUUGGUGCCUAUAGUGUCCCCUUAAAGGAACACUAUAGUAUUUAAAAAAAAAAAAAAAUAUAUAUAUAUAUAUAUAUAUAUAAUUUUUUUUUUCUGCAUGUUUGCUUUGGCAGUAUAUAUGUGGGAAAGUAGUUUGCAAAAGUUGCAGGCAGCAAGCAUAAACUUUUAGUCUGUGAUUUUGGCUUUGCCUGUAGCACGGCUCAUCGAGAAAAGGGGGCAGCCACACUCGAGCUCAGCGCACCUGCCAAUUCCGAUAGCUAAAGGAAGAACGUUGUAUCAGCCCCAGUAUUAAGGUUUUCUUUGAACUCUGCAUUAUCACGAUUAGAAGUGGUCUUAAAGAACACACCAAAGUGCUUUGUGUCUGGAAUCUGAAAUCAUUUUUUUCCAAGGGUCACUGUAAGCACAGUAACCACUUCAUCUUACUAAAUGUGAUAGUGCAAAGGCCCUGUCCCUAGAGCCUCUUAUGCAAUGCAAUUGCCCACUGCUUUUUGUAUGUGCCGAAGUCAGAGGAAAACAAAUACAUUCGUUAUUCAUAUCCCACCAAAUUGGGUGCGAGAAGCUGCUUGCUGCUCCUGCUGGACUACAACUCCUAUCAUACUGCAGACUCUGUCUGAGGCUACAGGGAGUUCAAAUACACAUCUGAUGUAUUGGGAUAUCGAGGCAACCACUUGCUAAACAGUUUGCCAAAUCACCUCACCCAGUGGUUGGCCAAACCUGAUAAGAAUUUUAGUCCACACUACUUUUUGUUUAUUUAUUUUAAUGGACAAUCCAUAAUAUUUAAAAAAAUUUAGAACUAAUACAACUCUGAAGAGUUUUAUGAAUCUCUAUAUUUCAAUAAAACCACCAUUCUUUAUAAGAACCUUUGGACUGGAGAUUGGUCCUCCGUGCUUCUCAUAAUGCCCAGCACAAACAAGUAAAUGUUGGGCAAAAGGGGGGUUGUUAGCUGCAGAGUAAAGUUCUGCAGCUAAUGAUGAAAGGUACAUUUUUAUUGCUUAGGAAAUAAAAAAUUUUAUACAGUAAGCAUCUUUGGACAUAGCUUCUCUGUUAUCAAGUAAAUACAUUUUUGUUAUUUUUUUUCCCUUUUCUACUGUUUUUCAGACCAUUUCCUUGAUGAAGGUUAAGCAGUUCCAGGGAAGCACCAACAACAUUGCUCCACGUCUAAACCUAGCACCUGUGAAGAACAGAGACCUGAUCCCAAGUCCCGACGUUCCCAUGGAGAUCCUGAAAAGAAGACUUUUUGCCACGAAUGAUGUCGUGGAGGCCAGGAAAAUUGCAGCAGAGAUGAAGUCACUCCAAGAGGUAUAGAGACCAUCUAUUCCAUUCAGUUUAAAUGGAACCAGCUGUUAGAGUAGCAUUGUAUUUCUGGGAAAACCAUCUUCUAUUAACAGGUCCAGACUUAAAGAAACACUACUGGCAUUACAAAUAUAGAUAUAUUUUUUUUAAAUAAAUCUGGCUAUGUAGAGAACACACACACUUUCUAUUGCUCCUCUUAUAUUGUCUUCCCACAUGUACAGUCAUCGUAUACAUAAGAAAAGAGUAAAGGGAAUAAAAUACAUUGUGAAAACUGAUUUUCCAUAAUAUAAGUGCAAAAGUAAAAAAAAAUUACCGGAGAAAAAUAUUUUAAAAAAUGUUUUUCUGGCGAACAUGCAUACUGUCACACGGCUGUGUAUUCAUUGUUCUUUCUUUAUCGAACAGGCAAAACAGUUGAUUAAGCAAUCAGUGGUGAAGAUUGUGAACCUGGUGACCGAGUCCAGCGAGCUGGCAGAAGAUAUCCUGAAUGAUCGGGUCGGUCACAGGGACCACACCUGCUACAUUGGGGCAGCCGAACACUUUAAACAUAAUUGCUUUAAUUGGCAUUCACCUCUGGUAAGCAUUACACGUUCUAUACGUUUACGUUACUUGCAGGGGCAGCCUGCAAUAUGAAGUAGCCGUUACUGUGCUUAGAAGUGUUGGUGCUGUCCCCCUGGUUUUUAAUCCAGCUGUUUUAGCGGUUUGACAAAAACUGGGGAGAUUUUGCUGCUCAGUACCUGAUUAUCAGAACUGAGCUAUAGAAGCAGUGACUGCCCUAGUUUUUGUUUAACAGCUCAAAUGGGCUUCUCUGCUGCUGUUUGGAUCCUGCAAAUUGGAAGAUCUAGGUGUCUUGGAUAUUUUCUGAACCUAAGGAGAAAAUAUAAAGAGUGAUGAUAUCUAGUGCAAUAUCCCCUAUACCAACAAUAAGGGAAAAACACAAAAAAAUACCCACUUACUUUACCAGAGCUAUGGGCACACCUUGUAUGUCACAAUCUAAAAGGACAACUCUGGGCGCCAUAACCAUUUUCUUAAUGUAGUAGUUAUGGUGCCUGAAGUCCCCUGGCAUCAUCUUACCUUUUACUGUUAACUGUUUUGUACAGAAAUAUUGUCCCCAUGUGCCUGUCAACUGCCUCUCCUUUGCUGCUCGAGCAAAUCCCGUAUUAGCAGAACAGCUAAGUGGUAACCGUGUCCGCUAACACACUCAUCCCAUCGCAAACACAACAUUUAUACAGAUACUCGUGAUGGACUGUCAGCCUAUCGUUGGCACUCCAUCAUUUCCACAUUAGCAGAGCAGCAGAGGAGUGGCAGAAGAUAGGUACCUGGGAGUGCUACUUCUGAAACCCUUUGAAAAUGGUUUAACAGUAGGAGAUAGGAUGGUGCCAGGGGUCUACAGGCACUAUAACCACCUAAUUGAGAUAAGGUAGUAAUGAAUUAAAGGAACAUUCAAGCACCAUAACCACUAGAGCAGUGGUCCUCAUGGCCCACCAACAGUCCAGGAUUUAUGUAUUUCCCAGUUUUAUUCCAAUGGAGAUACUAACAAAACCUGGACUGUUGGUGGGUCUUGAGGACUGGUUUGAGAACCUCUGCUUGGCUCAUUGGCUGAGAUCACCUGACUCUCUCAGCCAAUGAGUUUGCCCAGAGAGAGAACUUUUGGCUUUGUCAGAUAUAGCAAAGGCAGAGAGCGAACCCCAGCUUGGGAGAGCUAAUUGAAGCUCCUGCUUAGUAGUGCCCAGCUCUAAGUUGGAACUAUUGGAGGCAGUGUGCAGCACCUGAGACCCACAAAUAAGGUUUGACUAGCCACGUCCCAGUGUAAUCUGACAUAUCACGAUUGUACAGUUUAACACUUACCAGGCCCCUCCGCUACUUCUAGUCUUAUCAGAGCUGGAGAAGCCAGAUGCCAGUUUUAUUUAGUGCAGUCGAGAGUGGAUUAGCUGAUGUUCUCUGCCAGUGUAUGAACACUAUCUGUCUCAUUCAGCUUCUCCUGCGUGAUAAAACUGGAAGCAGCGCAAGCACACUUCACCGAUCCGUACAGAGUCAAGCUAUACUAAAACUGAUUGAUUUACUCUGGGACAAUACCAAGGCACUAUUGGUACCAUAGCCCUCCCAGCAGGCUACAAGUCAUUAUGGAGUGUUUAUGGUGCCUGGAGUCCCCUGGCAGAAGUAUUAUCCCUAGGUGCCGGUUAGCUGCCUUUCCCUUCUGUUCUGCUAACAAAGAAGAAUUUGCUCCAGCAGCAAAAGAGCAGCAGUGACAGACUGAAAGCACAGCCGAUAUUCUCAGCUGGUCACUGCCACCCUGUCGCUACUCAAGUGAAUUCUUCCAUGUUUAACUGAGCAGCAGAGUACAGCACCUGCGGACACAUAGUGUGUGUUAAACUGCUUCAAAACUGAUUAACAGGGAAUCCUGGCACUGUCACCACUUCAGUGAGGGGAAAAUGGUAUGGCACAUGGAGUCUUCCUUUAAAGAUAUCGUUUAAGUCUUAACAUUUGCAUCCUAUUAGGAACCUGCGUUUCUUCUUGUCUAAAAGCGUUCGGCUAACGCUCUUAACGUGAUGUGCAAGUGUUCAUUCAUUGGUUAACACAUAUCAUUUGCUGUAAUGUAAAACGUGCAUAUAGCAAGCCUCUCCCGUUUGAAUGUAGGAAGUCUGUAUUACCCAAUCAGUUUUCAUUAGGUUUAACUUUGGAGGGUUGGUUUUAGAUUGUACUGUGGAGUAAAGUUAAGGCGAUAUUGCACUACAUCAUGUCACUUUCUUUCCCUAAAUUCUCAGACUGUUAAUCCAAGAUCUGUGUGAUUAUAUAAUUAUAGUGUGUACAAAUACCUUGCUUUUAAAAUGAUGUAGUUUGUAGUGUAAAAUGGGAAAAUUAAAGUCUAUCCAGGAUUAGAGUCUCAGCCAAUGAGCUCAGCCCUGCUUAGCUCGGUGGAAUUGACAGGAUUCUCCUGAAAGAAGGAUCUGGAAGUUCUCAAACUGUUCCAAAAAUGUGACAAAUUACACUGGGAGGACACGUGGAGCAUUAUAGCAGGCUGUGGUGCUUGGAGUGUUCCUUUUUUUUUUUUUUUUUUUUGUCAUUUGCUAUAUUUUAAAAAAAGGUGCAGAAGGGUUGCAUCUUGAAUUUUGGACGUUUGCGUGAUUAUUUUGGCCUGAAUUUACAACAGAGCUGUGGCUUUCAAUGUUUUUAGUGAAUAAACCCCUUGCAGUUUGAGAUUGUUCUCUUUGUAUUAGAAGCUAAUCAUCAUCUCUCUUCUUGCAGUAUGAAUAUGCCUUGAGGGAGCUCUUUGUUCUUGCGAACAUGUGUGAAGCUGGAUACCCACUGGAAAGGUAAGUAACCAAAUAUUCUACUGCAUGUACUCUAUGCAGGGCUCACACACCCUAACUCUAACACUGUUUUAAUACGCACACUGAAUCUUCCAGUCAUUUGUUAGGAUAUAGACUAAAAAUGUAUACUACUACUUCAAUGUAGUCUUUAUCAGGAACAUUCCUGCCAAAAGAGAAUGAAAGAAAAUACAAAUUGCGCAGCUUCUCCAGUAGUCCUACAAUAAGAGAACAUAGGAAUUACACUGUAAGAAAUCUAUUGUGUGGCUCACACUAUCUGCCUCCGGGUGAUGGGAAUCCCCUCACCACACUGUGUAUAUUGCCUCAGCUUAAUAGGGGUCGAAUUAAGCUCCUCAUUGUAUUAAGAGAAAGACAGAACAGGAACCAUAAUGUAGCAUGAAAGAUAAAUAGUUUAUUACACACUUAAACUGCUUACAUCACAAAUUGCUAACGUACACAAUAGAGCCACUUACAAAUGCAUGUUUUUCUAUGGGUGAUAUUGGUUUUAUGACUGUUAAGUUCUCUUCUGCCUCUGGUCCGAGAGUGUACUCUUAUUUACUGAUCAUCCACGCCUUCUCCAAUCCGAGACCGUCCUCUUAUUUCCAGUUAGUCCAAGCCUUCUACCACUCUCUUUCCAUCCACAAAUAUUUAAACACCAUCUACCUUAGUUUCUAUUAGAUAUCGUCCAGUCCAAUCAUUGAUCCCUCAAACUUAAUAGAAUGCUGCCACCACUGUAAGAACUUCAGAUCUUUGAAGUUAUGCAUAAUUGUCCAGGUGCCAUGCUACCAUCAGUGGUUACAGUUUUCCAAUGGUAAACCCCAAAAUUGGUCCUCUGGCAGCUCUCAGUCAAUCACUGGAUGCCUGAAAAACCUUCCAAAUACUGUGUCCUCAUAGAGGGAAAGGUAUCAACUUUAGAGUUAAACAAUUGUAAGAAUGCUCAACACCUGAAGGUAAGAUGCCAUCUAGAUACUCCUGGCACCAUAACUUCAGGAAGCUUAAUUUGUUAUCGGGGUAACUUGGAUACUUUUUAACACCUAGCAUAGGACCAAAGAAUGAGUUAAUAUGCCUAUUAGCUCUAUCAUUGAAUACAUAUAUAAAGUACAUUUUCAAUAUUUCUCUAACAUUACAACAAUUCUCAAUUAAAGGGACACUAUAGUCACCAGGACAACUACAGCUUAAUGUAGUUGUUCUGGUGAGUAUAAUCAUUAUAUGCAGGCAUUUUCAGAGAAAAUGCAGGGUUUACAUUGCCCCUAGGGACACCUCCAAGUGGCCACUGGAUGUGCUUCCUGGCUCAGUUCUGUACAGUAGGCAGCAGUGCCGUUCAGCGUCUCCACGCGGAAGUGCGGAUUGGCCAAAACACUGUUUGGGCCCGCCCCCUUGCCAAUUUUAGCCAAUCUAAUGCUUAUCCAAUGGGAAAGCAUUGGAUUGGUUAAAAAUUGGCAAUUCUGAUGUAACCAAGGGGGCAGGGCCAGCACUGCGCUAGAAAUAAGGUUAGUUUUUUUUUUGUUUUUUUUUUUAUUGACUUUUAAGGGGGCACAAGCGUAUACAUGUUUGUGUUCCUGACCCUAUAGUGUUCCAUAAACCCCUUAAGGACCAAACUUCUGGAAUAAAAGGGAAUCAUGACAUGUCACACGUCAUGUGUCCUUAAGGGGUAAAUGAAAACAAACAAAACUUUAGAACAAACUUUUUGCGUAUAAGAUUUGUAUGAAAUACCUUUUUCGAACAAAAGAUUUUAAAAACAUUAAAAAAAAGUUUGCCCCACUUAUCUUAUAUGUAAAACAUUUGGAUGUCAAAGUACAUAAAUUUAGUAAAAAGUAAUAGCAUGUUUAAUUUAAUUUCGUGUAAUUAUGUAUUCAAUGUUGGGCUAAUAAUGUAUUACUGAUGAAGACUCAUUUAAUAGUUUUUACUCGUUCAUUAUAAGGUAUACAAGCUGCAUUAGUAGAAACUUUAUGGCAGUAAUUGAAGUGGAUGACACACAGUUAAAAUUACGGGUCGAUGGUGUUUAAAUAUCUGUGGAUGAAAAGAUAUGUAAGUUGUGGAUUACUGGUAAAAAGCAUAAUAGAAGACAGUACGGGACCAGAGUGAAAGACAGCUUAAGGUUUUUAUUCUUAGACGUCCCGGGGACCAGGCAGAAUAAUACAAAUAAUAUCGCCCAUGGAUUUAGAAAUAUUCUAGUUUUGGGCAUUCGUGAAAUACGCGGUUGUGUACUUCAACCAUUUUUAAUGUAAGCCAGUUUUAAGCAUGCAGUAGUUUUUAUGGUACACAACAGUCCCUGUUCUUUCUUUUUCAAUCUUUCAAUAUUAUGUGGGGGGGGAGAUAACAAUAGGAUUUUAACCUCUAUCGAGCUGAGGCAAGAUUCACAUUAGCAUCAUGAUGGCAUUCCAGGUAAUGGAGCCGAUAAAUAGGUUGCUUAGAGCGUGAUUCUCUUGACUAUUGGAGAAGUUACAGCAAUUUGUAUUUUAAAAUUUCACUUUUUAUGGAUUAAGAAAUGGAAGAAUUUCCUUUAUAACCAAUUCUAAUGCAAAUGUGUUACAAUGGAUUUAAUUAAAUGUCAAUGACUAAUUCAAAUCACGUGACUCAUUUCCUAAUUGCAAAAAUUACAAGAAGUCAACAAAAGCAGCGCUGUCUACCAAAAGUGUGUUUAAAUUUUGUAUAUACAGGGAUACAUGGUACAUAACGUAGAUAUAUUUCUACAGGCAAGAUAAUCAUAGUUAUAUCAAUACAUUGUGGGGAAAAACCAUUAUGGAACACAUUAAGGUCAAACUCCCUAUUCAAAUCCAUGGGGUAAAAAAAAAACAGUAUUUUUCAAUACACUUUAGUAAUUUACUGAUCUCAUGCCUCCAUUUUUAAAUGGUAUGAAUUAGUUUCUGCCUCUUUAUAAGAGAAUCAGUCAGUCUUGUUGCUGAACAUGUCUGUUUCUAUGUAGAGAAAGAGGAUUAGUGGAAUAUAAUCUUGAUUUAGGAGAUUAGCUUUUUGGAUCUUAUUAGAUUCCACAAUUCCUCUCUCAGACACGUUCCAUAAACCAACUAGUCAAAUGAGUUGUUUCAUUAUAAGAGUUAUCACCCUCCUAAUACAAAUGAAUUGACUGCCUCAUAGCCAGGAAUGCCUCAGAUGAAACCGAUUUAGAUAUAAGAUUAAAAGGCACGGUGGAAAAGUUUGCAAACCUCUUUACUAAAAAAAAUUUAAAUAUUUUGUUUUGACCCUAAAUCGUCAAUAUUUGCUAAAUAAAAUGGACACUAAUAUUAAUGAAAACAAAAUUCCCUUUGUGAGUAAAUCUAGUCAUCUGAGCAAUCACAUGGCACACACACAUUACAUAGAUAUUGGGGCAUUCUUAAAAACAUUUCACACCCCACUUUGUCCUUAAACCGAAUAGAAACAUUAAAGAUAUAUUGGUUAAGGCAGAUGUGGCUCCAAAUGCAGCUAAUACGUUUAAACAUCCCUAUACAGGUAAAAAAGCAUUACAUUUAAGGAGCACAGACAUGUAUUCCUGACCCAAUAGUGUUAAAACCACCAUCUAACCUCCCUAAAUAUAGUACAAUCUUAUUUGUAUUCAAGUCAGCAGCUCCUGGCUCUGCAUCUGAACUGCCUCUAUCUGCUGACAUCAUCAGAAGUGGUAGCCUGAGCCAAUCACAAUGCUUCCCCAUAGGAUUGGCUGAGACUGACUUGUACUGGCUCUGCCUCCUUGACAAACACAGCCCUGGCCAAUCAGCAUCUCCUCCUAAAGAUGAAUUGAAUCAGUGUCUGCAUGAAGAGGGAGGAGACACUGAAUGGCAGCACUGCCACAGGAAGCACCUCCAGUAGCCAUCUGAGGAGUGGCCAGUGAAGUUAACACAAGGCUGUAAUGUAAACACUACAUUUACUCUGAAAAGACAGAGUUUACAGCAAAAAGCCUGACGGGAAUGAUUCUACUCACCAGAACAAAUUCAAUAAGCUGGAGUUGUUCUGGUGACUAUAGUGUCCCUUUAACCUGUGAUUCACAUUUUGUUGUAUAUAUUCUUAAAUGCCUAUGUGGGUGUAUUUCUGUUGUCAAAACAACAAUGAAGAUCAGACCGUUAGCAAGCCACAAAUCUACCAGUAGAACAGGUAUAACUGACUUAUCUGUAACUGAACAUUUAAUUGCAGAAAUCACACAAUUUAACAACCAAGGUAUCAGAUCAAGGGUCAGCAACCUACGGCACGUGUGCCAUACAUGGCACUCUAGGUGCUUUUGAACGGCACUCAAGGCUGCCAAAGCUAAAGUGGCUCUGGCCCAUCAAGAGUCCUUAGUGUAAACUGAGUGGUUAGGGGCAAUCCUCAAUUUACGAAUUUCAGCACUUACAGGAAGUAACUGUAGAUAAUUUAAUCCCAGUACUUGCGAAUGGAAAUCCGCACUAGAUCAAAGCAGUCCGCAGAAGCUAUUGCAGCUCCUGCCCUUGACCUGUACCUGGCCAGCCCGGUCCCCACUGGACUGCAGGAAAGCCACCCACACUGCUAGAUAUACACUGAGCUUCAGAAUAAGUGUCCCACUCGUACAAACAAACCUCCCCACAACAGCACUGACAAGCCACAUACAUGCACACAGCCCCACAAGCAGACUGUCACAUACACACAACAAACACACAUUGUGACAUAUUACACAGCCCACUUUCACAGGGAUCAUAUACAAUACCACAAACUACUCAUGAAUGUAUACUUUACAAUAUAACCGCUCACAUAUCCACAAGUACAACGCUACAAAGCAACAGGAGCACUCAUAAAUAACACAAGCAAAGUACGGCAACAUACACACGUCAAUUUUAAAACCGAGGAUCGGAACACCAAGAGACUUAAAAAUCUUAUUUUGGCCCAGUACUGCUGAAAGGUUGCCUAUCCCUGCAUCAGAUCAUUGAUUAUGUGUAGCCUCUGAAAAGAGGGGGGUGACUGUUAAAGGGACACUCCAGGCACCAAAACAACUUUAUCUAAAUGAAGUUGUUAUGAUCCCUCAAGCCACUCAUACCUCAAGGGUUUAAGCAGUUCUUGAAUGGUUUAACCCCAAAGUCGCCUCAAGGCUAUCGUAGCUCUCACCCUUUUAGAUUCAGAAAGAAUGGAGGGGCGCUCCCGAUCCGCUGAGAGCGGUAAGCUGAUGCUCCAAUCAGUGACUCUACAUUCAACAAACUCGCUUGAGAAAGGUGCAUUUCUUUCCCAGACAGUUUUGCAAAGAGAGUCACUAAUUGGCGAGCGCAUCAGUUGACCGCUGUCAGCCAAUUAGCAGCGCUCCUGCCUGGCAGCACUCCAUGCUUCCUGAAUCUGAAAAUGCAGAAGCCGGAUGGCACCUGGGGGAGCUGGUAUCGCCAGUGGAGGCAACUUUGGGGUUAAACUGUUUAAAAACGGUUUAACCCAUUCAGGUUGGAGUGUCUCUGGGAGCCUCCUUCAUUUAGAUUUUAGUGAGUGGAAUGUCCCUUUUAAAUUGCUAAAACACAGGAAAAUACUGGGUUUAUACCUUGAAUAGCCCACCAACAAUCUAGGAUUUAGGUUUUUCCCUUUUUUUAUUCCAAUGGAAACAGUGACAAAACUUGGGACUAUUGGUGGGUUGUGAGAACUGGGUUUGGGAACCACUAACCUAACGGACUGAAUAGGGAGUGGACCUUAAUGUGUUUCAUAAUGUGUUUUGUUUCCACGGUGACUUGUGUUGAUAAAACAGUGAUGUUUCUUUUGCUGGUAGAAAUACAUCUACAGAAGGCCUGGUGUAUACCUGUAUAUAUGUAAAUAUGAAGAUGUUGAACCUAAACACACUUUUCAUAGACAUCGCUGCUAAUGUUGAUUUCUCAUUUUAACCUUUGUCCUUUCUGUGCAUAUAAAGGAAAUAGUGUCACGUGAUCUCAUUGUGAGUCACAUGACAUAAUUAGUAACAUCAUUGUUUGCAUUAGAAAUGGGUAUAAAUUAUUGUCUAAUGAAUUGUUUCUUUAAUUUUUAACAGGCCAAAACAUUGUGAAGUUUAUAAGAGGGGGGAAAGGAUGAAUAACUAUCUACAGGUUACCAGUGGAAGCCUGUUCCAAUCUGGUUCUUUUUUGCAAGCUUUUACCAAAGUAGGCGAUACAUUCUAAAUCAGGUGGAUCCCCAGAUGCUUUGUCAUGCUACAUAUAUUCUAAAAGCAUUGUGAGAGUUGUAGUUCUACAGCAUCUGGGGAUCUAUCUAUUAGGCAGCCCUGUUCUAAAUUAUACUCAGUGCAGUACACCAGGCCCAAUGUUUCAGUAAGUGUGUGUAAAAGCUAUAGUAUGGUAAAGUAGGGAUUGCUGGCUGUAUUCCUUAAACCUGACAAGAGGGGGAGUUACCAUUGUCAGGUUUAGUCAUUUUUGGCAUGCAUGAGAGUACAAGACUGAUGUGGGCUCCUGGCAAAUGAAGCUAAAGAUGGCAGUGGGCUUGAGUGUCAUGUUAGUAAAAUUCGCCUUCCGCUUUACUCUGCGGUAACCGGGCACCAUUACCACUUAAUAUCCUCAUUAUACCGGUUAUGUUACUAUAGCUCUGUCCUAACUGCUUAAACUGUAAUUGCCUCAGCUCCCUACCCUUCUAUAUCAUGUGUGAAUCUGUCCAACCUGAACAAUUGUGUCGGCGUAGAGUGCUGGUGGUGGAGUAACCUGUCUGCACUGCCACCCAGGUUGGACAGAUUUACAAGUGUAGUAAUCACAUUGUCAGUGCGGCUGAAGAAGGGGUGUGCUGUUGGGGCUAUAGAGAACUGAAAUAACUAAAAUAGCCUGGCCAAAAACCACUAAAUGGAAUCCUUAGACUUAUAGCUCUUUUGAGCUGUAGUGGAUAUGGUGCUAAAAAUGCUUACAGGAGGCCAAAAUGUAUUGUCAGAGAUUGUCAGCGGAGUGCUCUGUCAGCCAAUGGGCAUGGGGUGCCUAGGAGGACACAGCUAGGUUGUCAAAUCAUAUUGAAAGCUGUAAAGUAUUAGCACAGGUUUACAUUUUACCUGAGGACUGCUGGGCUUAGUUCAGACAGAGCAUCCAGCUUUCUGUUAGAAGUAGUGGAGACAGGCAGUAACGCCUAGUGGACCACAUGUAGGAAAUCAAACACUUCUAAAAUGAUUUGUCUACAUAUAAUGAGGGGGCACCAUAAUCAAGGGAAUGGUGUUUUGCUUUAAUGCUACAAGAGUAAUGUAAAUGGGGCGCUUUAUCUACAAACCAUUAGCUGUUUCUGUCUUUCUUACAGAAUCCAAAAAGCUAUGGAUGAAGUGUGCGUGGGCUGGUAUUGAAACUUCUAGCAAGACAGUCCACACCGCCUACUGCGUGAAGAACAGACACUGCUGCUAAAUUGAUCAUUCUUCCUGUGUGUGCUUUACAGAAUAUUGCACAAUCAAAGAGUUUAAAUGCAGAUCUACAAAUCGUUUUAAAUCUCAGAUUCACUAAAAGCUGAACGUUAAAGAAAUGGACAUUUUAAGGCAAGGGUCGAAACCACUACAGCAUUGCAAACCAAAGGAAAGUAACUGACCUUUUUCUUGGAGUAGAGUCAAUCCACUGGGCAGGCAAGGUGAGAAGAUUAGAGAGAGACCCAAAUCUUGUCUACUCUUCUGGGUUUCGUAUCGGAGCCGUAUGACUGACCAUUAACCUUUCUGGUUCCAGCAUAGUGGGGGAUGAAUUGCAUGACUCUGCCUCCUGCAAUUUAAUGUUAAAACCCAGUUUCUCUGCUUAACAGACUGACUUGGCCAGUUUUCACAAUAAUCCUACUUCCCUACACAAACAACUGUUUAAUUUUAAUAGAAUUUUUGUCUUUAGAUGGAAAAAAUCUGCUGUUUUUAUUUGGGUUUUAUUUUAAAUUCAUUUUUUAAAACAAGUUUUGAUUGAGUAACAGGUCCUUAUAUUCAAGAUUAUGGAACUAGUUAACAGGUUAACUUUUCUGAUUGUGCCCCCGUUUACUGGAAGGGCCAGAAUGUGAAAAAUAUCAAUCAAUGCCUUUUGUUAUUAACCCCUUUGUAGCUGAAAAUGUAGGGGGUUAAUAUAAAUAAAAUGUUUCACAUUUGACAAAAACCUAAAUCUUAUAUGUGGAUUAUUUGUGUAACUGGUGUCGGCUCAACUCCAUGGACUGUGAUACUAUCUAUUCACAGAUCCAAGAACGAAAAUGGUCACCUGAUUGUUCUUUAUAAUACUUGGUUAUGUACAUAUAUACGUUACAGGAAUGUAUACAUUUUAAAAGCUGUAAGAUAUCUUGAAUGCACAUGUUGAGCUGGAGUUUUUUUAUGGACAGAUAAUGCAGGAACAAAAAGAUCCAUACUCACAUUUGAUGUUCCUGUAUCAAUCUCCAUUAAUGCUGAGCCUGCAAUCAGUUCUUUAUGGACACAGCAAGGCUUUAUGCUUUAGGAAAUCAACAGCUGAACUUGAACUCAGACACUUCCAAUCAUAAUAUCAUGUACUUCAUCUCUUGAAGUGGUCUGGGUUCAGUUUCCCUGUUAAUACAGUUCUGUACUCCUAACACUACAGUGUCCCUUUAGUGCCACAUUAUACAUGAGGCCAAAAUCAGACUGACCCAUACUGAACGAGUAAUCUGUAUAGAAACCAAAACCGUCUGCCAAACGAAUCAGUCUAUUGUCUUAUGAUAUAAUGUUUCAAGACCCACCAACAGUCCAGGUUUUGUCAAUAUCUCCAUUGGAAUAAAGAAGAGAAAUCCAUAAAUCCUCCAGUGUUGGUGGGCCAUGAGAACUGGUUUGGGAACCAUUGAUAUAAUGCAUUCAAAUCAAUCUGCAAACACCUGGUCUACCAAUCAACAACCAAGCCAGAACAGAAAAUGGUUCACUAGAAUAUAAACACUCUACACCAGGGGUGCCACAAAGGGAGAUCCCCAGAUAUUUAAGAACUACAACUCCCAUGAUGCUUCGUGUGUCUUUGCAUGCCUUUAGAAUGAUGAGACGUCAUAGAAG